CGCACCGGUGCUGCCCGACGCCCGCCCCGCUCGGCGACCCGCACACAGUAGGCGCUUCUCCGGGCGGCGCGCGCGCCCCGCCCCGCCCCGCCCCCGCUCCAGGAAGUGCGGGGGCUCCAGCCGCCCGGCCGGCCUCGAUGCAUUCUGGGAAAGCAGCAGCACCAGGUCCAAGAUGGCGGCCAGCAGGAGGCUGAUGAAGGAGCUUGAAGAGAUCCGCAAAUGUGGAAUGAAAAACUUCCGUAACAUCCAGGUUGAUGAAGCUAAUUUAUUGACUUGGCAAGGGCUUAUUGUUCCUGACAACCCUCCAUAUGACAAGGGAGCCUUCAGAAUCGAAAUCAACUUUCCAGCAGAGUACCCAUUCAAACCACCGAAGAUCACAUUUAAAACAAAGAUCUAUCACCCAAACAUUGAUGAAAAGGGGCAGGUCUGUCUGCCCGUAAUUAGUGCUGAAAACUGGAAGCCAGCAACCAAAACCGACCAAGUAAUCCAGUCCCUCAUAGCACUGGUGAACGACCCCCAGCCCGAGCACCCGCUCCGGGCCGACCUAGCUGAAGAAUACUCUAAGGACCGUAAAAAAUUCUGUAAGAAUGCUGAAGAGUUUACAAAGAAAUAUGGGGAGAAGCGACCUGUGGACUAAAGUCUGCCACGGAUGAUUCCAGCCAAUGUGAGCAGAGACCCCGAGCAGUGCCCUCAGACACCCCGCAAAGCAGGACUCUGUGGAAAAUUGACACGUGCCACCGCCUGGCGUCCGCUCGUGGCAGUUACUAACUUUCUACAGUUUUCUUAAUCAAAAGCGGUCUAGGUAACCUGUAAAGAAAGGAUUAAAAAUUUCAGAUGUUCUAGUUCUGCUCUCUUUGUUUCAAAAAUCACUGCUUCAAUCUAUUUCCAAAAAUGGUGUUUCUUUUCUUGUCCAAAUUUAUCCAAAAUCUUCAAGUUACAUUUAGUCCAUAAAGUUAAAAGGAAAAAAAAAAAAAAAAAAAACACAAAGGUUGUGGUUCCCCUGUCCCCCGGCCCUGCAGCUCCCACCUUCUCACAGCACUUGUUCACGCACCCCCCGACCCAGCCCUGUCUCCUCCAGAAAGGAGAGGAGACACCACCCAGUGUGGGAGUUAGUCCAAAUUCUCCCGAAUCCGCUCUAUAACAUCCUUUAAAAAGCCACAAAAGCCUCCAACCACCACCUCUCCCACCCCUCUCCCCUCAAAAAAAAAAAUUCCGUGGAAAGGGAGGCCCUGCUCUUGAGUGAAGCUCUGGCGAAUGUUACCACGGUGAUGCUGAUGAAAUGGGCACACACCCACUGCCUGUGUGCGUGACUGGACUGCGGCCUGGCCGGCCUGGCCUGCCCGGGAAGCCUGGUGACCCUGGAGGGAGGGCCUUCCAGCCCCAGGACAUUGCCGCAGCUGCUUGGGCCAGGAAUUACUCACCAGAAAGGCCCCCCUGCACCCCCCUGCCCCAAGGCCAAGGACGGCGCCUCUCCCUGCAGCCACUUCAGAAGAUCUGCUGGUCACUGUGGGCCAUGCGAAGCCAGGGCAGCCGCCCGGAAUUCCAAGGUCACCUGCCACCAGGCUGCAGCCGAAUGUGCCACGGAGCUCUGCCUCCACAGUGCAGCAGCCCACCGCAGCCCUCCCUCGGCCCAGUGCGACCCUCUGUGGGAUCGGAGUCCUUCCGGCACAGCCGCCGCCUGUCCAGCCCAGGAAUGAGAUGGCCUUCCUUCUCCCCUCUGGACUCACAGCCUUUGCCGAGUCAAGCUGCACUCGAAGCUCACUCAGUAAUAUCCUUUCAAUGUGUUUUAUAUUGUUUUGAUUGCCUUUUUUUGUAGAAAUAAAAAAUUGACCUUAGAAUUUAUCAUCAGACGAACUUUGUAAGGAUUUGAAUGUUGCUGUCUUUUGCAAGGCAAAAGCGGGACUGUCCCUGAACUAGCAGAGGAAACUUUACUCACUUGCACGCCCUGCUAACUCCCAGGGGCGGCGGCCGGCCGAGCGCCGCGUGUCACCACCUCUGUUUCUGCCACUGGCGGCUUCCCCUCUUGGCUGCCUGGGGACAGAAGCUGCUUUCUGUUUUAACUUUAGUUCUGUAAUGUGAGAUUCUGGGGCUCGCAGACACCUGAGGCCUGCGUGGAAGAGGCAGCGGUGGGUUAGGCAGUGGCGGCAUCGUCUGUGUGGUUGUCCAGGCGCGUGGCCCCUGAUGUGUGCGAAUGAGCCCAGCUUCUUUCUUUAGCGCUAGGGACGCGAGGGGCAGGUUUCUGGAGACCUUCUUGUGCCCAGGAUGGCAGGGGCACUGGGCCGGCGUUGCCACGUCGGCCUCUUCACGAGCAGAAAGGUGAUGGUGGAUUUUGUGUCACUCACACUCAGACUUGUAAUAAAAAUGCCAAAUCCUAUCGGGAGCUCUCCAGAUGAGCCACCGUUCCUUCCUGUCCAGAAAUAAUUGCCAUUCUUGGAAACUGUCCCAUUGCUUUGUAUUUUCUGCCAACCUAGCUCUGCCUGCCUGUCAAACCCCCUGCCCCGCACUGGUCUCUGCUCACCACGGGGAGGUUGCCCGUGUGCCGGCAGCAGAGCCCAGCUCUUCAAUCAGCAGGCGCUCAGGCCUCUGGCUUGGGUGGCUGGCUCCUUCCAGCCGCGCCCCGGGGCAGGCUUCGAACAAGCUGGCAGGCCGCCCUGGCUGCUCCAAAACCAAGAGGCUUAGGUCCUCCGGAGAAGGCGAGGGCUCGGCAUAGCCGCCCACCUGCCGCCGGCCCCAGGCUCGCUCAGGAGUUGCACCUCGCCCGUUUCCUGAAGUGCGCCGGGCCCUCCUGCUCUCUGCACCCCCAGCCAUGGCGGAGACUGGGCUUCUCUGAGAUGCUGCCGCCCGCUCUGCUGCCCUCAAUAAAAACGCUCUCCAGUG